AUGAAAAGGUCCAUGUCUUCUUCCCCAUUGAAUGACAUCUCUGACAGAGAAGAUGAUGGUUGGCUGAAUCUCACCCUCUCUUUGCCGCCGCCGGAUCCAUCGGCCGCAGCACAAACAAAUCCUCAUUGUCAGAAUUUGAAUUUGCCUCCAUUAGCAAUUCCUCUUUCUCCACCCUCUUCGCACGAAUCCCAUCCAUCACCAACGCUCAGCCAAGAGAUUACUACUGGUGCAGGUCCGUCCCGUUCGUCGCGAACUCGAAGAUCUCCAGCUCAAAAGCUCAAGCCAGGUAAAACCGAAGCCGUACCUGCACCCUACCCGUGGGCAACAACUCAUCGCGCCACAGUUUACAGUCUCGAACAUCUUUUGUCACAUAAUAUUACCAAGAUCAGAGGGGAGCUUCAAUGCAAACGUUGCGAGAUAAGUUUCGAGAUUGAAUAUGAUUUGCAAGAAAAGUUUAUGGAGGUUGCAUCUUUCAUUUCAGAGAAUAAGUUUACAAUGCAUGAUCGAGCACCAGAGAUUUGGAUAAACCCUAAUCUUCCUAGUUGUAAAGUUUGUGGUCAAAAUAAUAGUGUGAGGCCAGUUACUUCGAAGAAGAAAUCAAUAAAUUGGCUGUUUUUGCUUCUGGGACAAAUGCUUGGGUGCCUCAAACUUUCUCAGUUGAAGUAUUUCUGCAAACAUACGAAGAAUCACAGGACGGGAGCCAAAGAUAGAGUUCUUUAUCUUACUUAUUUAGGGUUAUGUAAACAAUUGGAUCCCAAUGGACCCUUUGAUAUUUAG